AUGUCAAGAACAUCGAUUAUUAAAACAAAAAUUGGUGUACAUUGGAAGAAUUCAGUAGCAAUUGGUGUAUCAUCUCCAAGUAGUCCUCGUCAUCCUAAACUCAUUGAACUUGAUCCAAAUAUUCCGCUUAACGAUUAUAUUUCGAAAAUAUGUGAUGAUUGGAAAAUUCCUCGAUCAAAUUCCAUUCAUUUUGCACUUCGAUAUGAUGAUACUCAUAAAUUCGUUACUGAGCAAAAUCGUUCACAAAUUCCAACUGGUCAAGUUUUCUAUCUUUCACUUUCACAUGAAGAUGAAGUUCAAGAUAUAAUAAAAUAUCUUUCAUCCAAUGAUUAUCAUCGAUAUGAUUCAAUUGCACUUGAACGAUUAAAAUUAGCUGGUGAAGAUGAAACAUUUGCACUUGAAUUUGUUGAACAAAAAGGUCUUGAUUAUUUAUUAAAAUUAUUUAUUCACGAUGAAAAAUCAAAUAAUUAUGAAAAUUUUACAUCGAACUUACUUCGUUCACUUCACAAUAUAAUGAUAAAUCAACAAGCUAUUAACUGGGAUAAUCUUCAAUCAAUUGAUACAAUUAUUGAUCAAUUGAUAUCUGGUAUCAAUUAUUCCAAAGUUCCUCGAUCACAUUCAUCUUCAGCAAUGAUGAUUCUUUAUUCAAUUAUAAAUCAUGAAUCAAAAUAUUCAACAAAAAUUAUUCAAACACUUGAAAUAACACAUUUACUUGUUUAUUGUAGCAAACAACAUGAUAUGGAAACACAAUAUUAUGCAUUAGCAUUAAUUAAUAUUAUUAUGAGUAAAGGUAAUCAAAUACUUCGUUCUUCAUUACUUACAGCUAUGUCAAAUACAGUGGUUGCAAUACGUCUUCGUGAAUUAGUACAAUCAAUUAUAAAUAGUGAUGAACAUUCGAACAAUGAUUCAUUUACAUCUCUCGAUACGAUUACACUAUCAACACGACAUCUCAGUCGAUCUUCACUUAUUCAACAACUGUGUCUUUUACAAAGAUUUUAUCUAAAUGAACUCUAUACCGAUGCAAUGAAUACAUUACCAGAUCGAUAUGAUACGAAAUAUCGUGAUAUGAUUUCGGAAUUACGGCGAAGUGCAUUUGAUACAGAUUUAUUAUUAUCUGAACAGAGUUGUCAAGAUUUAAAUGCUCGAGUAUCGUCCGUGAGUAUGAAUGAAACAAUAACAAAUCCUCGACGAGUUGAAGCAUUACAACGAGAUUAUGAACGACUUGGAUUUCAAGAUCUUCGAGAACCAAUAAAAGAUUUUCAAAUAAUUCCAUCUGGUAUUUUAUCUUUACAAAAUUUAUUCUAUUUUUGUAUUCAUCAAAAAAAUGAUUUUAUUCGAUUUGUUCUUGAAAAUUCAUGUAAAACACUUCAACAACAAUGUCCAUUAGUUAAAUCAGCUAUUGAAAUUACACAAAUCCUUUGUACACUUUUUUCUAUUGGUGUUGAACCAAACAGACAUCAAAUACAUAAAGAUUAUUUUCUACUUUUUUACAUAAUUUCAUCAUUUUUCGAACAAGCAUUUGUUCGUUGUUUACUUUUAUUCAAUAAAACAUGGAAAGAAAUGCGUGCUUGUGAUGUCGAUUUUCAAGUGGUAAGUUCAGUUGUAUAUCAACAAAUUUCUCAAUCACUCGAUGAUAUUUCUUUAACAAAUUCCUCAACAAUCAUAUUAAAUAAAACAUUAACAUCAUCUUCAACUAAUCAAAUAAUAUCAUCACCAAUAAAUAAAUCAAUAUUAAAUACAUCUUUAACAUCAGUUACUUUACAAAGAUUUACAUUUGAUUAUUUUUCGGAAAGAUUAAAUACAAAUAAUUAUAAAGAUAUAUGUAAACGACGUGAUGAAAAAGAAUUAAAACGAGAAGAAACAAUUAUGAAAUUACCUAUUGUUGAAACAUUAAAAGAACGUUUAAGACCUCAUGUUGAAUCAUUAACACGCCAAGCUCAUCGUUUAAUGUAUUGGCAAUUACUUGAUAAUGAAAAACAUGUACAAUGUAGUGAAUCAUCAACAUCAACAACAAUAAAAGAAAAUAAUUCAUCAUCAACAAGUCUUACGAGAACAAUGAUUUCUAUUGAAAAUAUCAAAGAUGUUCAAUGUAAUAUUGAUCAAUCUCGUUCAGGUAGUUUUACAAAUCAAGAACGUGUUCCAAAACUUCCUCGUCAUAGUAAUGCACAUACAAGUGUAACAAUUAUUCUUCAAAAUGAUACAACAUAUACAUUAUUAUGUGAAAAUGAUUAUGAUAUGUCAUGUUGGAGUGAUGGAUAUAACAUACUUUUACAUAAAGAAAUGGAUAGUUUUUAUACUCGAGAAGAUAUGGAAUCAUUAUUAAAUUUACUUUGUCAACUUCAAAUAUUAGAAUUAGAUAGUCCAUUAAUAACUCUACCACAAUAUCAAUUAUCUGUUCCUAGUCGUUUACCACCAAUUCGUCCUCUAUCUUCAACAUAA